GGCCGGAGAAAGUGCACGCGAGAACAAAAUCUUCUUGAAAGGUUGUUUGAAACUUAAAAAUGGAAGGGGUUAAUGGUGUUGAGAUGGCAUCUACGGUUGUCGUGAAAACAUACGAUUCAACAGUUUCUGCUCAGGUUCCUGUGAAAGAAGAAACGGUCUUAGCAGAAGAUUUCAUUUUGACAGUUGGAAAGGCACUUGGUUUAAAACAAAGCAGCGUUAAAUUCUUCGGAAUAUUUCAAGGUUUACUUCAUCCAUGUAAAAAGUUCAGGAGUAUUGACGCAGUACCAAUGAAUGUAAAAGACCUCACAAUUCAGAGGUGGUGUUUUGAUUCCAGUAAAGAGAACAAACUCCUCAAUGAUCCUGUCGCGACCCAACUCAUCUAUGCACAGACAAGAACCUACAUUGAGGAAGGUUUAUUGAAACCAUCAGAAGAGUUAUUAGCAGAGUUAGAAGAAAAUAAGGACCCAUCCUCCGCUGCAAAAUACAUCAAGUUGUGCCACAGCAUCCCAGGCUACAACAGCGUACAUCUCCCAGACUGCCGAAUGCACAAAGAGUUUGGGCUUUUGCCAGACAUCAAAACCGAUAGCGCUGUCAACGUUACGUUGAUGCAGCGAGGCAUGCUGCUGGGUGUGGUCCGCGAAAGUGGCAGUGAUUCGAUAGAGGAGGAAUACUUCAUCUCCUGGAGGAAAAUCCAGAGGUGGAGAAAACAUGAGGAAGACGCAUGCCUUGUGACGUACAGCAUUUACUCUGUGCCUAGUGACGACUACACCUGCCUAUGCAUUCACACCACGCAGGCUAACUACCUCCUCGCUGCGACCAUUGAAAUGAUCAAAGGACUGCAGAGUGAGCUUGGGGGACCCAUCUUCCAAACCUCUGAUUUGGUCAGGAACCGACGUCGCGAGGUCAUAGAAUGGAAUAACAUUGUCUUCAGCCGAACCAGAUUCAACGCUGAGCGGGAAAUAGCUGAAAAAUAUAUUGAGGUCUCCAUGUUGAGGUGAUUGUGUCCGAAAGCAGGUUCAAAAGGAGUGAUGGAGUCCGUUCACCAACGAAGAGGGCGUUUGUUACCAUUGACGAGAACUUGGGGGGGGGGAGAUAGGGAACGCAUUGAUUUGCGUGCGUAUUGUGCGAAGUGUACACACGACUUGUUUUAUCCGUCUGUGCACAAACCUGUAUCGUCUUUGCGUGGGUAUCAGGCCCCAUGGGCAAUGCAUUCAAAUGUCCCUCCCAGUAGUCUCCCCCAACUUUCUCAAGUUUUUCUUUUGCCAAGUUUUCACCAAGAUGAAAGCAUCAACAAUGUAAUAUUCACUUCAUUGAAAUGCAGUUAUUUCUCGGUGUGUUGAUAAUUGUUAGUGCAUUUAAAUUGUCUGUUUAUUUUUGCUGUUGUUUCUGUAUUUGUGCCUUACAUAGUUCUACGAGGUUAUAUUGUAAAUGUUUGUACUAUACAUGAAUAUAUUUUGGAACACUUAACUAUGUUUGAAGAGAGGAAGUUUAUAUAUUUUUAGUAAAAAAGUGUUUGCUGUGGAUAAGAAUCUUCACAUGUUCAUUGUACUUGAAUUUUGUGGAACAUUCUCUUGAAAAUCAAAAUGCUGAUCCAACGAUGUGUUUCUACUAACACAAAAGAUAAUACUAUAAACUUUUAGUACUAGAAAUGCUUUUUAUGUCUUGAACUUUGUGUAAUUUGUUUUAGGACAGACUUCAUAAGACAUUUUCUUUGCUUUCAACAAGUAAAACAUUUAAUUUCUUCUUAAAUACAACAUUCCAAUCACUUUACAUAUUUUUAUCUUUAAAAAUACUGUACAACCGGAUUUUGCAAAUUUGAAAUGCCGCCAAUCUUAAAUUAAUAAAAACAAAAUUAAAUAUUUUGACCAAAUACCAAAGUUGUUUCAGCCAUUUGUAAAAACGCAGAUUUUAUAUUUUUUACUGAAAAAAGACCAUAAUUAAACUUUCAUAAAUGCUGCCAAAUCCACAAUCAUCCUGGACGACGACAUUUCUUUGUAAUUCAUUACUCCUCCCCUCCAAAACAUUGCGAAAUGUAAUAAAUACCUCCUUCUCUGGCUGGCAAAAUCAGGUAUCUCAUCACAGCAGUCGAAAUCAAUCAAGUGACUUUUUUUGACAGUUAAAAAAAUCCCUUGUUAAUGUGAUAUAGCCAUGCUUUGAUGGAGGUGAUUGAUAUGCCAGCUGUACCUACAAGUUGCCUGUUAUGUCUGUUGAUGGAAUUUGACUAGUCACAGUGUUUACACGAAUAUGAUGUGACCGUUUUUUUUUUACUAGGCUGUACACAAAUGCAUAGCAGAAGUGGAAGAAAUUAUUGAUUGUCUGUGACUGAUCAAACAACAGGAGGGUUCAUUAAUUUUCACACCCAUUUUUGUGUGUGUGGAUUAUCCAUACUUAUAAUGCAAGCACCUAAGCAAUAAGCGAAACAUUUUUAGAAUGUUUACAAUCACGGCAGUACAUUUCUUAUUCAAUACACAGUACCAUUAGAGAUUCUAAAUUUUGUACACAGUAGUUCAUAUCACUUGUGCGUGCUUUACGAAACCAAAUUCUAAGGGUUCAGUCUCUUAAUUAACCGGUGGCAAAUUUGUAAGCAACUCUGAAUAUUUAUAUUUUUUUCUAGUAGAUAUCAAAGACGUGUUUUCCUUGAGCUAUAUUUGAGUUUCACCUAAUAAAAUUGAUUUGUUUUUCAAUUGCA